AUGAAUGUGCUGAGAUCAAGUUGUCAAUUUGUAAUUAAAUUACAAAGUGUUAAUGCCGCAAAUACAGGAAAAAGGUACAUUCGUCGGUGGUAUGGUCCUUUUCUUAGAGAAGUAACUCGCCGUAAAGAAAAGGCGGGACCUCAGAAAGAACAACCAAGGUCCGGAUUCCUCGAGUGGAACUUUGAAUCCGAAAUUUACGCCUUCAACCAGCGACUGUCAGAAAAGUUUAAUCUGGAGAUCCUGUCACAGGCUUUCACACACAACUCGUAUAUUCUGCAAGAAGAACGUAAGCAGCGAGAAGUGGGUAUUGAUGACCCGCAGCUGAACCUUUAUGACAACAGGAGUCUUAUUCAAAAUGGGAAAGCUCUGACGGAAAAAACUGUCGAAGCUUACUUGGGUUUUGCCAUGCCCCGUACGCCUACCGAAUGCAUCAGAGCUUUCAAGGAGUAUUUACUAUCUGAAGAAGAAUAUCCUCCUUCAAACGAGACGUUAGCAAACACAUUCUAUGCAUUAGUAGGAGCACUUGCUAAGAGUACCAAUGAAAUACACACAGCUAAAUUCAUCCGUGACUUUUUAAUCACAACACUUGCCGAGAAAGAUCUCAAUGAGAUUUUCUGUCCAGAAAAUCCUCUAGAAAUUCUAAACCAGAUACUCACCAACGAGGGUAAGGAACAUGUGGAACCACGAAUACUUGCCCAGUCUGGAGUUAAUACUCUUAUGCCAGUCUACAGAAUCGGUCUAUAUUCAAACAAACAAUUGAUUUCUUCAGGUACUGAAAGUACGAUCGAAGAUGCAAUCAAAGUAGCGGCUCUUAUUGCCUUGAGCAAAAUGUUUGGCUUCGCAGACUCGAGUUACCCGAUGAAAUUUAACUUGGAAAUCGAUCCUUCAGAGCAUCCAAGAAACCUGCCGAUUCAUGAGUGGUGUACACAAAAUGUUCAGAAGCUCAUGCAGAAAAAUUAG